CUGCACGAUAAUGAUAACGUAGGCGUCCUAGUCACGUUCACACCCACCAUCCGCAGAGACAGCAAACGUGGGGCUGCAACAAGGUGUGCGGUGUGGCACCAAUGACUGAAUCUCGAAUCAGAAGCCAUGCUGCUAACACGAACGGUGCAGAUAAAUGCAAUAUCUUGUCACCGAAUUCCUUGAGGACUCUCCCAUCGCACCACUCUCUGUCAAGUGGCUUUCCAGUCCAUCGAGACUGCAGAAGCAACAGUCCCCAACUAUGCGGACUGCUCAGCCGCACUCGAAUUUCCAGAUUCAAUGAGCUCUUGGCUCAUCACCAACUGUACAUGACACUGCACAUAUAUCCUGCGAGGCUACUUGCCUGCAUAACAGCACUGCACCGCCGGGCAAAAGAUACAAUGGCCGAUGUCAUUUGGCUGAUUUCCAUCUUGACGCUCCACUCUCUUCGCAGAGACAGCCGCUGA